GGAGCUGCCGCCCCCCGGCUGAAGUCCGGUGCCGCCGCGCUGUGCCGAGCGGAGCCGUGCCGAGCCGGGGGUGCCGUCACUCGGCGCUUCCAGCAUGCUCCUAAGAUGGCGGUAGCGGCGGCGGGCGGCGGCGGGGGCGGCCGGGCGCAGCGCAGCGGCUGGCUGGAAGUUUUGGUGCGGGAGCGCUGGCACAAAGUGCUGGCCAACUUGGGCGGCGAGGCGCUGGUGCUGAGCGGCGAGGAGCGCCCCGACGGCGCGGCCCACAACGGGCUGGGCGGCGAUGGGACGGCGUGCCGCGGGGCUGAGGGCGGCGGGGGGCCGGUGCGCACCGCCUUCACCGACCCCCCCGAGCAGGUGCCCGAGGCCAUCUCCAACAAGAAGCGGUGCGUGAAGGUGCUGAAGCAGGAGAUGGGCGGACUGGGCAUCAGCAUCAAGGGGGGCAAGGAGAAUAAGAUGCCCAUCCUCAUCAGCAAGAUCUUCAAGGGGCUGGCGGCCGACCAGACCCAGGCUCUGUACGUGGGCGAUGCCAUCCUGGCCGUGAACGGCACGGACCUGCGGGACGCCACUCACGACGAGGCGGUGCAGGCGCUCAAACGGGCCGGCAAGGAGGUGCUGCUGGAAGUGAAAUACAUGAGAGAAGCAACCCCCUAUGUGAAGAAAGGCUCCCCCGUGUCAGAGAUCGGCUGGGAGACGCCUCCCCCCGAGUCCCCGCGCCUGGGCUGCGCCUCUGCUGAGCCCACGGCGCAGCUCUCGCUCUCCAUCCACAGGGACAGGAAGACAAUUCCCCUCAAGAUGUGCUACGUGACACGCAACCUGACGGUGCCAGACCCUGAAAACAGAAUUAUUGAAGUUCAUUCACCUGAUGCCAAGCACACCGUGGUGCUCAGGAGUAAGGAUUCAGCUACAGCCCAGGCCUGGUUCAAUGCCAUCCACUCCAGUGUCAAUGAGCUCAUCCCCAGGGUGAUUGCAGAGGUCAGAGACCAGCUGGGUAAAACAGGGAUUGCUGGAAGUCGAGAGAUUAGGCAUCUAGGCUGGCUUGCAGAAAAGGUGCCAGGAGACAACGAGAAGCACUGGAAGCCAGUGUUGGUGGUUUUGACAGAGAAAGACCUUUUAAUAUAUGAGAGCAUGCCUCGGAUAAAGGAAGCCUGGUUCAGCCCUGUGCACACCUACCCCCUGCUCGCCACCAGGUUGGUUCAUUCUGGCCCAGGAAAAGGCUCACCCAAGUCAGGGGUGGAUUUGUCUUUUGCAACCCGAACCGGUACAAGACAAGGGAUUGAGACUCACCUGUUCAGGACUGAGACCAGUCGAGACCUCUCACUGUGGACGAGGAGUGUAGUGCAGGGCUGCCACAAUUCUGCAGAGCUCAUCACAGAAAUCACCACAUCUUGCACAUACAAAAGCCAGGAGUGCCGCUUGACCAUCCAUUAUGAACAUGGAUUCUCUCUUACAACUGAACCACAAGAUGGUGCCUUCUCCAAGAUAAUUGCACAAUAUCCCUACGAAAAACUGAAAAUGUCCUCAGAUGAUGGGAUAAGGAUGCUUUAUUUAGACUUUGGAGAAAAAGAUGGAGAAAUUCAACUGGAUCUUCAUUCCUGUCCAAAACCAAUUGUUUUCAUCAUUCAUUCCUUCCUGUCAGCAAAGAUCACGAGACUGGGCUUGGUGGCAUAAGUGGGAUCCAUCUGUUUCUGCAAAGAGAGACGGGGUAACCACACUAAUCUGGAGUACUGUCAACAGCAGCAGUGUCCUAGCUGGCAGCAGACACCAGCCUGGGACUCAGCACCGGCCAUUGGUCGUUUCUGCAGUCCUCCCAGGCCCAGGUUUCAUUUUGACCAGCAAAAGAGAUGGCAUGACAAGGAAGAUGGGGGAUUUCAUUGUAAAUAACGGGAUUUUAAAAUCCCAUAUGAGACCGUAAAAGCGUGUAGUACCAUACAUGUAAAUGUUUCAGAAGCAGAAAUUGUGCCUAUUUCAAUGUACUUGUCUAUAUAAAGUAAAGGGCUAUGCAGUCAA